CGGAAGAAGAUAAAUAAUGAGCAAUUAGCUGUCCUGUGCUGUAACUGGAAGAAAAAACCGAAGAAGGGUUCCAGCUAGAAAGUCAUGAUACAAAGGUUACAAGACACAGUCAACCAGCUCAAUAUCUUGAUUUUUUGUUUUCCAUUGUUCUUCUCAACCUUGCAAGCAUGGGAGAGGCCAGGAUCUUCCUAAUGAUCUUGAUUAUGGUGUUCUUGAAAGGUGCUGUAUCUGAAGUUCAUACAGUUGGCGAUGAGUUAGAAUGGAAUACGGGGGCUAACUUUGGUUCUUGGUCACAGAAAUAUAAUUUUAGCGUUGGCGAUACUCUCGUUUUUAAGUAUGUGAAGGGACAGCACAACGUGUAUGAAGUGAUUGAGGCUACAUAUCGAUCAUGCAAUGGAAGCACUGGGGUUUUAGCGACAUAUGAGAGUGGGAAUGAUCAAAUUGAACUCAAUAAAGCAAAGAAAUAUUGGUUCAUUUGCAAUUUUGAUGGGCAUUGCCUUGGAGGCAUGAGGUUUUUCAUCGAUGUUAAAGAAGCUAAUUCCACAAAUAUUAGGCCAACCACACCACAAAGUGAACCAAUUCCACCACCACCACCAGCCAACUCCUGUGCUGCCAUUUACGUCUUUGAUGGAUGGAGUUUUUGGGUUUCUCUUGUUGCUUUUGGAGUUUUACUCCAAUUGUAAGACUAGUGGAAAUUGUAAUGCAUAAUUUUUUUUAUGGUAAACGAUUUUUUUAUGAUAAAUUAAAUGAUUUUUUUUUAUGGUAAACGAAUUAAAUUAAA